AUGUCACUCGGUUUGACGGGUAUAUGGAAUAGUAUACCAACCCAACUAUACGAGAUUACUGACAGGUUUAUUAGCUGUUUCGAAGUGCGGGAUAGAAACGAUUUAGUAUCAAGCAACAUCUUGUCAUAUCAAGGCGAGCAGCGAGCCAGCAUAAUCUCUGAUCAAUCGAGGCAAUUGUCUGCAUCUCUUUCACUUGCUUUCAAACCCCACUACGUUCCUCAAUAUCCACGAUAUUCGGACCAGGUUGAAGUUGAAGAGCAAAAUAUCAUUAAUACUGAGGAGCGUACUGAUGCUCAUGAGGAUGAGGUUGAAAAGCAGAUAUCAUACAGUGGUACAGCGCAUACAAAUUGGUCCAUGCCGACGCCAAUUAGUCUCUGCGCCACACCUUUUCUUGAGCCAAGACAGAACCCGUCACAGAGCAAUCAUGAUUUCCAAUAUCAUGAUAUUAUUGAAUCCCCAACACAUGGACUUGGGAUAAGUGGACCGACUACCACAAACUACGUGCAACCUAGUAUCUUCACUUAUGACCUUCCUCAUCCCGAUACACCGGAUAGUCAUUUUCCAACGGAAUCAAAGGGGGGAGGGUUUGGCUCAAGACCUCUCACUGGCGCCACGCAACCUAGAACUGUAGUUAUGCGACCCGAUUCUGGAAAAUGCCAUGUGAAUAUUGCGCCAAACCCUGCUGCGCUUCUUAAAAUGCAGCGUGUCAGAAAAAGAAGUCAAGGGGUAGAAGUCUCACAGCGCCGCCGAUCCGGGUCGGCGCGAAGAAAUUCGGGGCGAAGGUCAAGAUCAUCACAGAUGGACCGCGAAAACGAUCUUGUUCAAUUAUUGAGCACAGAACGGAAUUUAUGUUGGAGAGAAGUUGUGAAGGUAGUAAACACUCAAUUUGGAACAAACUAUUCAGCGUCUUGUCUUCAGAUGCGGAUGACGCGUGAAAAAUCCGCAGAACCCCGCCGCUGCGAAAUCAAUCCUUCUAGCAAGCCUUGCAACUCCGUCUUUUCUCGUCAUUACAAUCUUAUAAGGCACGAAGAUACAAUCCACAACACCCUCAAGCAAAAGCUGCGGUGCCGCCUAUGUACAGAGGAAAAGACCUUUUCUCGCAACGAUGCCGUGACACAGCACAUACGGGAUUUCCACCCCAAGACGAUUUGA